UGUCCGGAAGAAGAAUUUAUUCAUUGUUGAUUUCAUCGGUUUGUCGUGUGAAACGUUAGGAUUUGGCCAUUUUGAUUACUUUUAUAAUACAAAAUGACGGAUAAAUUAGAUAUGUCGCUUGAUGACAUAAUAAAACAAAACAAAGGGCAAUUCCGUUUAAGAGGAAGAGGAGGAAAUAGAGGCCGCGGUGCAAGAGGAAGAACGCGCGGUGGUGGAAAUUUUGCCGGGAAUUCAAUUCGACCUCGGGCAUUAAGAGCCCGGUCUCGACCUAUGCCUUAUUCAAGACCUAAAGAAUUGCCAGACAAAUGGCAGCAUGACUUGUUUGAUGGAGGUAUCAAUCCUCGAGGUGGUCUUUCUACAGGUCUCACAAAGCUUCUUGUUUCAAAUUUGGAUUAUGGAGUUUCUGAUGGUGAUAUAAAGGAAUUAUUUGCUGAGUUUGGCCCCCUGAGGAAAGCUGCAGUACACUAUGAUAGAUCAGGUCGAUCAUUGGGCACAGCUGAUGUUAUUUUUGAAAGAAGAUCAGAUGCAGUAAAAGCUAUGAAACAAUAUAAUGGUGUCCCACUGGAUGGUCGACCUAUGAAUAUUCAGAUAACCAGUUCAACUCUUCCUAGUGCAGGUAGAGGAAGAAGUGGCAGUUUAGGUGGAGGAGGAGGAGGUGGUGGGGGCAAUAGAGGUUUUAAUAGAGGCCGCUUAAGUGGUAACAUUCGAGGUCGAGGAGGAAGGGGUGGUGCAUCUCAACGAAAAGUACCAACUGCAGAAGAAUUAGAUGCUGAACUAGAUGCUUAUGUAAAUAAAAUGGAAUGAUACUUCAUUUUAUGCAGAAACCGAUGAAAUAGUACUCUAUACAGAUUGUUAAAUUCAUUUUUGAACUUUUACAGGCCACUAAUGCCACAUUUGCUGUUUUAAUUUAAAAACGAAAGUGUUCUACUGGAGCAUCACAUUGUACAGAUACGAAUUGACCUACUUGCAGUCAUCGAGUUUUAUAUACAAAAACGUGUGGCAACGAUCUGUGUCCAUUUUAUUUUUUUCAUCAAUGUCAUGCAUUGUCUCAUUCUAUAAGUAAUUCUCAAUAACUUUGUUGAUUCAUUAAAGCACAUUCAUUUUA